AUGCAGUUAAACGCCGGAUCUCUCGUCUUUCUAGGCAUCGCCGCCUUCAGCAGCCUUGCGAGUGCCGAAGCCGUCGCCUUCGGCCAGCAACUCCAGAACAACGACCAGACCAACCACUGGGUCACUUGGGUCGAGGGGAAACACGCCUGCCCCGGCAUGCAAGUCCUAGACGUUCUCACAAAAUCCCCUUGCGACCAGGCGUUCAGCCUCGGUGAGGUGAUGUAUACCUUCACCGGCUGCUCCGGCAACGGCCCCCCCACCGCCAUUCUUGACUCCGGCGGCCUCCAGAUCGGCGGAUGCUCCGCCCACGACCACAACAAGAUUAACUGCCACGAUGGCCUCCACGAUAUCAUCAAGCACGGCACGUGUGUUAUAGUCACUGGCUCGUAA